GGUAUCUUUCCUUAGAUACAAGAUAUCUGUUCUCGCUCAUCGCUCGCCGUGUCAGACAUUGACGAACGUAAAGAUGGCGGAGCAAGGUUCCAGCGGCGCGGCUGGGCAAGUGAAAAAGUACAAGACGAUCUACAACAAGAACCCUGGCACCCUUGUCAUCGGACAGACGAGCCUCAACUGGGUUCCGGAUGUAGCCGGAGCAGAGAAAGUUCCUACCCAGCAGCUGAGCCGGAUCAUAAGCAUGUUUACAUCGAAAGCCGGAGCUGCAAAGACGUCGGCCAAGCUGGCUUUCGUCGACGAUCGUCCCAAGGGAGGCCUCACAUUCCAGUUCACAGCAGCCUCUCCACAGAACCUUGCCGACCGACAAGCUCUUCAAGACUUCCUGAUACCCUUCAUUGCCGAAAACAAGCAGCGGAACACUACGAACACCGCGAACGACGCUAAUGCCGCUCAAGGUAUGGGAGCUGGUGCAGCGGCACUUGCCAGACCGCAACCUGUUGCUUCCUCUUCAACUUCGCCCGCAAAUAGCAGGACCACUACACCAGUGCCCGCAGGACGCGCAGCAGCUCCUGGUCCUAACGGCACUACCUAUGACGAAGAGGAGAUCGGACUAAGGAAAGGUGUACUUUCGAAGAAUCCGACUUUGAAAUCGCUUCAUCGGGAUCUGGUUAUCGCCGGGCUUGUUAGCGAUGAGGAUUUCUGGGAUGGAAGACAACACCUUAUAGAGCAAGAGCGUCUCCUGAUGUCCCAAAGGCCGGGUAUACCCUCUCAGCUGUUAGAUGAUCGAUUCGGCUUCAACGCACAGAACAAGAACGAUGCGAAAAACAAGAGUGUUGGUACCGGGUUCGGAAUCGCUCAAGCUACAAAACGAAAGCCAGAGCAAAGGAAUGGCGAAGACGAGAUCAAGAUCAAUAUCACUAGAGAACUGCAAGAGUCGGUGUUCAGGGAGUUUCCUAUCGUACAAGAAAUCUACGUCAACCACGUCGGGACGAAAGAAGGUCAAAUCACAGAACAAGACUUUUGGUCGAGAUAUUUCCGGUCGAGACUAUGGGACAGGCACAGAGCCUCAGCCCGGGCGGGCGGAAGCACGAACAUCAGGGCGGACACUAUCUUUGACAUGUACUUGGAGGCCCCCGACGAUGCUGAGGAGCCUAGAGAGGCGCCAAAGAGGAGCGUGGACAUGUUCCUGGAUUUGGCCGCUACCGAGGAAGAUCAUCAGCAGACAGGCAACGGGAAGGACUACACGAUGCAGGCAGGCAAACAGAAAGCGACUCUACCCCUGAUACGCCGGUUCAAUGACCAUUCGAAUCGCCUAGUUGCUCUAGAUGAAGAAGAUGCAGCCUCGGAUGCGCUAGGAGACGGUAUAAGAUCCGCAGAGGCCCGUCUAUAUGGAGAGAUCGAACUCGACGAGCUUCGAAGUCAUGAGCAGACUUCUACCAUCAGUUUGGAUGUGCAAGAUCAGCAGGACAUGUUUGAUGGGAAGACAUCGGACAGUCAAGAUGCGGGUGCCGCUUGGCUCCAAGGGAAGUCUUCAGCUGACGUGCGGAAUAUCAUCAUGUCCUCGCAAUCGACACUGCGAGACUGGCGGCCGGAUCUGCCCCGUGUGAUUCCAGCACUACCGCCAGGCGAGACUAGAAAGAAGGAGUCUUGGAUCACGCGAGAGGGUGCGACGCUCGAGGAGUUCGCCAAUUCUAGGAAAGCAGCGGACAAGGCGGUAGCCACAGUUGCCAAAGGAGUUGAGGAAGCUAGACAAGCAACGGAAGAACAAGACCCAAUACCUCAAGCCAUCAUGUCCCAAAUUCUGACUUGCCACAAUGCCCAUACAGAGUUCUUGCGGCAAUUUUGGUCGGCAGUUCUACCAACACCUCCGGGGACGUUGGGGGCGCCUACCCCUGAACAGAAAAUGGCCAAGGCGCGCAAGAUGGCAAAGUUUCUGAGCUUGAUGAGAGAAAAGGUUGAUAGCGUCGUCCUUAGUGCCAAGCGAGACACUACGGUUGAUGCAGAACGGGUUCAAGAGGCACUUGCUCCCACUCUUCAAGCCGCCGAGAAGGCGCUCGCUCAAUUUGCUUCGAUGACUCGCUCGAAAGUAUAGCGUGUCAUACUACUCUAUGUGUUUCUAGCAGGGCACAGGCUGGCAAGGGCUGCCGUUGUAUGCUAGUCAUCGGUCGAAAUCACGUGACUUUUGCUCCCGGUGAUUACAUCCGUUGACCUCCACCUGAAGCUGCUAGGGGUAUUGUACAUAGUUAGUUGCAUAUAGUCGACGCUGUAAGCUACGCAUCGUGUAGGUUGAGCAACUUUAGAAUCAAUAUAUUCGCUGUGAA